CUGAUUUAGCAGAUGAUAGUGUGCAACAACCGAUAAUUGAUGCAUUUAGAAAACAUCGUAAUCAACAUGUUAUUUUUACAAACGCAAACAUGGAUAAAAAUGUAAAAAAAAUUAUUAAUUUUGCCGCAGAAAAAUAUAGACAAGAUCCGUCAAGCUAUCCUUUUGUUACAGUUAUGGUAGUUGGAAUGCCAAACGUUGGGAAAUCCUCUUUAAUUAAUUCAAUGAGAAGAAUUGGUGUACAUAAAGGAAAAGCUGCAAAAACUGGUGCAUUACCAGGAGUAACUCGAUCAGUUGCUAUCACAUCCAUCAAAGUCUUGGAAGAUCCUCCAGUUUAUUUAAUCGAUACUCCCGGUGUUAUGAUACCACACAUUCCGGAUCCCGUGAGUUCUUUAAAGGUUGCAUUAACAGGAGGUAUAAGAGAUCAUUUAUCGAGUGAAGAAGUGAUGGCGGAUUAUUUACUUUGGCGUUUAAACAAUUUUGGAAAUUUCAGUUAUGUGGAAAAAUUUAAAUUGUCAGGUCCAACAGAUGAUAUAAAUUUUCUACUGCCAGCAAUAUCAAAACGUAUAGGUGCUUUGCAAAAAUAUGGCGAAUUUGAUCUGAGAACUGCCGCGAUGUUUUUUAUUAAACAAUAUCGAGAUGGUAAAUAUGGGAAAUAUUCUUUAGAUGAUGUCACUAUCGAUACUUUAAAUAAUUAUUUUCUUAAUGAAAAUAAUCCCGAUAAACAAAUUUUAUUGAGUAAAAAUCAAGAAAAAAAAUUAUUAUGGGAGAAAAAAAAAGAAAAGAGGUUAGAAAGGUGGAAAAGGCAGGGUUAUCCUACCAGAAAAUCCAAUUCGAAAGGUGGUUAA